AUUUUAAAAACUCUUUAUCUUUCUCUGCCUCCCAAUUUCUAUGUUCUGAUCAGAUUUUGCUUAACAAAUUUACCAAAAGCUUUGAGCUUUCUUGUUUCCUGUUCAAAGAGGGAAUAAACCCGAAACAGAAACCACAACCAACCCUUCUCUCCAAGAAACCAGAGAAAAAAAAAAAAUUAAAUAGAAAGAUUCCUAAUUUAGAGUCUUAUACCCACACCCCACAACAUGAAAUAACAGCUAAAAAGCAAGAAAACCACCGUCCCAUCUUUCCUUAUCAUCUUCCUCACCACCACCACCACCUGCAAUCGCCAUUGAAGCCCUAACCCUAACCUUUCAAAUCAAUAAAAUAAAGCUUUAAAAGAUUGUCCACAUUUUCAUUCAAGAAUGUCCCAGAUGAAGCAAAUGUCUCAUCUUGACCACAUUCCGUCAACGCCUGGCAAAUUCAAGAUGGACAAAUCUUCAUACCCAUAUAGCCGGGUCAGGUGGCAUUCAUCUUUAGCUAAACUCACAUUCUGGUCUUUAGUCUUUGUUGGUGUCAUUUUUCUUUUCUUUUAUCGAUCUCCUUCUUCAUCUACCAAUCCUCUGCCGUCCGAUCCAUCCCGUCGCUCUCUUCGGACCUCUUGGGGUGGCUCCGACUGGGAAAAACGGGUGCGGUCGUCCGCCAGAAUUCGUUCUCGAAAUGGAUUUUCUGUACUGGUCACUGGCGCAGCUGGGUUUGUUGGGACCCACGUCUCUGCAGCUUUGAAACGCCGGGGCGAUGGGGUUCUGGGGCUUGACAAUUUCAACGAUUAUUAUGAUCCAUCUUUGAAACGAGCUCGCCAAGCGCUUCUUGAACGCUCCGGAGUUUUCAUUGUUGAAGGAGACAUAAACGAUGUCGCUUUAUUGAAGAAGCUCUUUGAAGUGGUGCCUUUUACUCAUGUGAUGCAUUUGGCUGCUCAGGCUGGGGUUAGGUAUGCAAUGGAAAACCCUAGCUCUUAUGUGCACAGUAACAUUGCUGGUCUUGUUAGUUUAUUAGAAGUUUGUAAAGAAGCAAAUCCCCAACCUGCAAUUGUAUGGGCAUCUUCCAGUUCUGUUUAUGGGCUUAAUACAAAAGUACCCUUUUCUGAGAAAGAUAGAACUGACCAACCUGCUAGUUUGUAUGCUGCUACUAAAAAGGCUGGAGAGGAAAUUGCACAUACUUAUAAUCAUAUUUACGGUCUUUCCCUUACUGGCUUGCGCUUUUUCACAGUUUAUGGACCAUGGGGUAGACCAGAUAUGGCUUAUUUCUUUUUCACUAGGGAUAUUUUGAAAGGGAAGAGUAUACCCAUUUUUGAAGCAGCUAGUCACGGAACUGUCGCUAGGGAUUUUACCUACAUUGAUGAUAUUGUAAAGGGUUGCUUGGCUGCAUUGGACACUGCCGAGAAGAGUACUGGUAGUGGAGGUAAAAAGAAGGGUCCAGCACAAUUGAGGGUUUUCAAUUUGGGAAAUACCUCUCCUGUACCGGUUACUGAUCUUGUUAGUAUUUUAGAAAGGCUUUUGAAGGCGAAGGCCAAGAGGAAUAUCAUGAAGUUGCCAAGAAAUGGGGACGUUCAGUUUACACAUGCUAAUAUUAGUUUGGCACAGAGGGAACUUGGAUAUAAGCCUAGCACGGAUCUGCAAACGGGGUUGAAGAAAUUUGUAAGAUGGUACCUCAGCUACUAUCGUGUAGGAGGGAAGAAAGCUGAUGCUUGAUGAAUCUUAUUCUUUUGAUUCUGAGAUCGGGUACUUUUGUUCAUUAUGAUUCUUGUGAUUGUUUUUCGUUAACAUUUCUAUGGCCGUUCAUUGCAAAAUUAUUGUCUUUCCAUAUAUGUUUAAUUGAUGCUAUAAGGAAGAAUCACAUCCAAUGUUGAAAAAGAUUUUGUGGUUGGUGGAUAUUGCUUAAUGGGCAUUCCCAGAGUUGUAUCAAAAGGAAAACAGAACCUUUCAUUUCUUCUAUUUCUAUUCUGAUAUUUGUGUAACUGUUGUAGUUUCGGCAUUUUAGAAUUCAUGAUUGGUAGAGCAUAUGCUGAUUGUUGGACAUGUACCAUUUCUAUGCAAUUUCAAUAAAAUUGUACGCGGUGAUUUGCCAUA